AGUGGGGUUCAGGUGACCAUAUCUGUACGUUGACCUCUGGUGGCUUGAUCCUCUAUGCACACGAGAGACCAGAAGGUCGAACUAACCAAGAUUGAUCUUCCUUGGUGAGACUACUAAAUCUACCGUAACCUUUCCCGCGUGAAGGAUAGCAUGGCCGAGCCCUCAACGGCUCACUGUUCUCUCUAUAUCUCUGAUGUUUUGGUUGAUUUCACCAAGUCGAGAAAGAAUGUAGAAUCUGCUGAGUUGCGGAUCGGCGAGUUGCACACACCAGUUGAACGCGCAGCAAGAAAGACUUUACGACAGACGUUUUCUCCACCCAUGAAGAUUUCUCUUGGGGUUUCAUUUUCCUUACAUCUACGGCACAAGAGACUGUUAGGAAUGAAGACCGAGGAUGAAGACAUUGAUUUCGAUACCGAUGACAUCUUCCGUGUGUCUGAUGCAAGAGGAAAACCUGAGAGACAAGAAUAUAUCAAGUUUCAUAAGAAAAUCAAGAUCGUUGUCGAGCUUUUUGGGAGUAUAACGACCGAACAAGUUGUCUCUUCCGAUGAAAACCCGGAACUCCAGCCUACCACUGAUGAAAUCAUUCGGAUUUGUCCUCGAUUCCGGAUUCUUGUGAUAGGAAAGACCGGCGUCGGCAAGUCUUCACUGAUUAAUCACGCAUUCGGGGUUGAAAAAGCGCUCACUUCGGAUGAUAAGCCGGGCGGGGCUAAUAUCGACACCGAGUUCAUCUCAAACCAGAACGACAAAUUUGUUCUUCAUGAUAGCAAAGGUUUUGAACCAGGGGACGAAGACAACCUCAAGAUAGUUCAAGAUUUCAUUGAACGUCGGAAAAACAUGCCUGCGUUGAAAGAUCAGCUGUAUGCUGUUUGGCUUUGCUUUGAAAUACCUCGCGCAGGCGGGCGUUUAUUGGAGACCGGGACAGAGGAGUUCCUUACGUUGAAACGUAAAGGAAAGCUAGGAGACGUUCCUGUCAUCGUCGUUUUCACUAAAUACGAUAAGCUCAUCGACCGCAUGGAUCGUACCCUGGAUGAAUCUUCUCUUGAAGGAUUGAGCGACAACGAUAUCAAGAAACUCAUCAAGAACAAAGCAGAAACUGAGCUACAGAAGAUCUGCAUCGGACCCCUAAAGAAAUUCGCAGGGCCUGAUAUCCCUUCUGCUACGAUCUCUACCAAAGAAGAACACAAGGAGACCCUCGCUCGUCUGAUCCAAGAAACUGAAAGCCAUGUCCGUCAGCAUUUUGCGCUCGAGGCGUCAGUGAUGACCUCCAUCGCUCAGCGAGUGGAUCCUAGACUCAAAAUAAAUGCAUCCAUCGAGGUUGGCAAGAGAAGGUAUUGGAAAGCGCUGGCAUCAAGCACGGCAUUCAAGAACCGUAUGAUGCGGGACUGUCUGAAUGUGCUUCACACAGACAUCGUUACUGUGUGGAACUUCUCAGACCCUCAUCGUUUCUUGUAUAGCACUGAGUUCAGGACGAUGAUGGUGAACAUGGUUAAUAAACUAGACUCGGAUGAUGAACGUGCAGCUGACCCCAACAAGUGCAUUGUUGUUGGGCUCUCCAUGGUGGGUACUAUUGCGGGCAUCGUGUCUGCCCUGGCAGGACCUGCGGCUCCCAUUGUGGUACCGAUCGCAGCAGGUGUCGUACUCGCUGUAUGGGUUCACGACGUGUACCAGAUGUCCCAUGCAGUGCUUCAGCGCUUUAUGUCAUACAUCGUCAACUUAACCCUCGUGUUGCAGACACUUUAUCUGGUGUCAGAAAGCCAGGAACUCACUCGCAGGGCCAUCAAACUCGCGGUCGCUUCCUACCUCAAAUCACCGAUGAGCGGAAAAGUUCAUUCUCGGAUUCAGGAGUAUGUUAGAGGACUGACACUCCUGGAACGCACGGAUCGCGAUACCUUGGAUAAAAUAUUUGAGCUGAUGCAAUUGUUUGACAUCAGUGCAGAAAAAGAUUCUGGACUUCGGGUUCAGAUUCGCGAGGAUGUUGGUUCACUACCGGAUGAACCAUGGUAAAGCAAAACGGUGUACCAUUUAAUUCUUUCUUUCUGUAUCGGACAUUGUGUAUUGGCGGGUGUUGUAUGAGUACUUACGCGAUUACAGAGGGGGCUCACUUGUGCUAUUUAACUGGAGUCAUGGCUGGCCCAUACUACCGUGUAAUAGACUGUCUUCUACAAACAUGCCCUAACAUAUAAAGAACACAACCCGAUCAUGAUGUUCUUCCAUUCA